AUGUCGUCCGUCGUUGCAAGGGCUUCGUUUUGGCUCCUCCACGCCGUUGUACACGUUAUUCAUGUGUAUAUUCCCCGUCUCCAUCGGGUGCUCAAGGCAAUUAUUGGCGAGGAGGCCUGCGAUGAAGCCAAGCAACAGAUUAAGCUUCUGGGUGAUGAGUCCACAACACGGGUUCUUUUUGCUAUUGAGAGCAUGGUUGGUUUCCGCUACACCGCCCCUCCAUAUAACGGGCAUAUAAGUACAGUGCUCUGCAGCCUGCGCCCAUCAAAACCGAUCAAGUACACGCGAGAGGUGGUUGACGGCGCAGAUGGCAAUCCCAUCUGCCUUGACUGGCUGCUUGCAGAUGAGAAGCGUGGUCCAACAAACGGCAUCAUGAUUAUUUUCCCUGGCCUCGCUUCUUGGUCUCAGACUAACUACGUUCAACAUUAUGUGUGGCACGCGCACGACAAGGGCUUUCACUGCUGUGUCUUCAACACACGGGGCAUGGGCGACACCCCGCUGACGCAACCGAGACUCAUGUCUGCGGCAUGGACUGGUGACGUUCGCUGGGUUGCCCGCACAGCCCUUUCAAGGAAGGCGAUUUCGUCAAGGCUUGGCAGAUCGGCCGAAAAUGUAUGGGGUGUUGGUUUUAGUCUGGGCGGGGUAGUCUUGGCAAAGUACUUGGAGGAGGAGGGAAAAAGUAUGCCAAAAGCGAUGCUUCCGUUUGACGCCGCCCUUAUUGUUAACAGCCCCCUGGAUACAUUGGCUUCAAAGGCGAAUAUGAUGAAGCCCAAAAAUGCGUUUUAUCAAAAAAAUUUAACUGGCGGCCUCGUUCGCUACGCCAUUCGCCAUAUUGAUAUUGUUAAACAACUACCAGGAAUUAGUCACGACGGUAUUCGCAAGGACCCGCUGCGAUUCCUAAAAAAAGUUGAGGAACUUAUAUGA